UCAACACACACCCACUCAAUUGGAGCUACCUAGCUAUAGCUAAAUUUCAAAGCUAACAUACAUAUAUAUAUAAAGAUAUAUAAAUAUAUAUAAAAAAAUGGGUGCUACACUCUGUUCAUCAUUAUUAUCAAUCCCAAAGAUAUAUCUCUUCAUUUUUGUAACUUUGUCAUGCAUUACUGAAUAUGCAUUUGCAGCAACCAGGCACUACAACUUUGAAAUCAAACUACAAAAUGUAACAAGACUUUGCCACACUAAGAGCAUUGUCACAGUAAAUGGGCAGUUUCCUGGACCUCGAAUUAUAGCUAGGGAGGGUGAUCGUCUCCUUAUCAAAGUGGUCAACCAUGUCCAAAACAAUAUUUCCAUUCAUUGGCAUGGUAUUAGACAACUUCGAACUGGGUGGGCUGAUGGGCCUGCAUAUGUGACCCAAUGCCCAAUUCAAACAGGCCAAAGUUAUGUGUAUAAUUACACUAUUAUAGGACAGAGAGGCACUCUUUUCUGGCAUGCCCAUAUAUCAUGGCUCAGAGCUACUCUUUAUGGUCCCAUAAUUAUUCUUCCAAAGCGUGGCAUUCCUUACCCUUUUCCUAAACCUUACAAACAAGUUCCCAUUAUAUUUGGAGAGUGGUGGAAUGUUGAUCCUGAAGCAGUUAUUAGCCAGGCCUUGCAAACUGGUGGAGGCCCAAAUGUAUCAGAUGCUUAUACUAUAAAUGGGCUUCCAGGCCCAUUGUAUAAUUGUUCAACUAAAGAUACAUUCAAGUUGAAGGUGAAGCCAGGAAAGACUUAUCUCCUUCGUUUGAUUAAUGCUGCACUUAAUGAUGAAUUAUUUUUUAGUAUUGCUAACCAUACUCUAAAAGUGGUUGAUGUUGAUGCUAUUUAUGUUAAACCUUUUCAAACUAACACCAUUCUCAUAGCCCCUGGACAAACCACUAAUCUUCUUUUAACCACCAAAUCUCAUGUCCCAAAAGCCAAAUUUCUCAUGCUAGCAAGGCCAUAUGUCACGGGUCUAGGCACCUUUGACAACUCCACCGUUGCAGGAAUACUUGAGUAUGAAACCCCAUUACCAAUGAAGAAACUUCAACUCUUAAAACCAAUGUUGCCUGCUCUAAAUGACACUUCAUUUGCAGCCAAAUUUUCCAACAAACUUCGAAGUUUGGCCAAUUCUCAAUUCCCAGCUAAUGUCCCUCAAAAGGUUGACAAACAUUUUUUCUUCACAGUUGGGCUUGGAACAAGUCCAUGUAAUAGUAACAAAACAUGUCAAGGGCCUAAUGGGACAAUGUUUGCAGCUUCAAUCAACAAUGUUUCUUUUGUACUUCCAAACAAUUCAGCCCUUUUGCAAGCCCAUUUUUCAGGUCAAUCAAAAGGGGUUUAUAGUCCUUACUUUCCAAGUAGUCCUAUAAUUCCAUUUAAUUACACUGGAAAUCCUCCAAAUAAUACAAUGGUGGGAAAUGGGACUAAGUUAGUGGUUCUUCCAUUUAACACAAGUGUGGAGUUAGUGUUGCAAGAUACAAGCAUUCUUGGUGCUGAAAGUCAUCCUCUCCAUCUCCAUGGAUUUAACUUUUUUGUGGUUGGACAAGGCUUUGGCAAUUUCAAUCCAAAUAAAGAUCCAAUGAAGUUCAAUUUGGUUGACCCUGUCGAAAGAAAUACUGUGGGUGUUCCAUCCGGGGGAUGGGUUGCCAUAAGAUUUUUAGCAGAUAAUCCAGGUGUGUGGUUUAUGCAUUGUCACUUGGAGAUCCACACAAGUUGGGGACUAAAAAUGGCUUGGUUGGUCUUAGAUGGGGAAUUACCCAAUCAAAAAUUGCUUCCACCACCAAUUGAUCUUCCCAAAUGUUGAUUUAUAUUCUCACCAUCACUUAUUCAACAUUUAUUUUAAGAGUCUUGUUUCUUUAAAUUUUGUCAAACACUUUAAAUUAUUCUUUUUGAAUAAUUUUUUGUCCACAUGCAUGUAGUUCAUUGAUAUGGAGAGUCAAAAAAAUAAUGAAAGAGAAUUUGUUUAUUAUGUGAGGUUGAAUUAGCCAAGAAAGGCUCAAUAAAAUUGGCAAGAAAGAUAUUUAGAUCA